AUGACGUAUUACGCAGUUGCAAGUCCAUCAUUUCUCAAUACCAUUUUCAAACAAGAGGCUUCAUCAAGCGUUGUGCCAGGCCCUGAAAUACGGAAAGAAAUCGAAGUGUAUGGACCGUACAAUCAUCACCUUGAUGUACCUUUGGAUACCAGCUCUCCGGACUUCAAAACUGAUUCACGACCUGAUUCACAUCUGGAAGAUUUCAUGAAAAUUAUGAACAUAGCAAAUCAAAACAAAGACUCUUCAGGAGAAAUUUACCCUGGCGUAUCUUCAAGCCAGAUGAAAGUUAAAGGUGAAUUCAAAACAGAUCUAAAACCUUAUAAAAACUCUUCAAAAAUGAAAGAUUUCCGGGAAAUUCUAAGCAUUGGGAACCGGAUCGAUAUAAGAAGUUUGAAGCGUGUAGGAAGCCUUGUUGGGAACUUGAGGCGCCUUGAAUUGAAGAUAGACACACCAUUUCCAGGUCUCCCAGAGAAAUUUCGUCCCAGUGUCUUUUCCAGACAACAACAAUUUGAAAGUGCGAUUGAAAGUGUGGUGGAUACCCUAGAGAAACGUAGUCUUCAUCCAAAGGAGGCAAUCUGGGCACUUGCUGUAUUGCAAAAUCUUCAAAGCCAUUUACCGCAAGGACAACUGAAGCCUAUAAGAACAGACGUGGCGCAAGGUCCUAUAUGCUGUGCUGCCCUGGGACUUAGUCUGACAAAAGACUUGAAUCUUGUACAUGCAAGCAAGAUUCUUUGGUCUUCAGAUGUGGAACUUGAACUUGUGCGUGUUGACCCGGAAAUCACCGGUAUAAUAGACAAUGAACGAUUGACGGAUCCUUCCUUCAUGACGGCAUAUGAUGAUGCUGUGCUUGAUUGGACCUUUGAAAAGGAGAACCAAGCGCUCUUGCUUGAGAUCCGCAUGCUGGUGAAUACAUGUGACAAAGGCCCAAUUGGACAUAUGUUUCAUUGCUUUCUAGAUCCAAGAGGUGCAAAGGUCCAGGAUAUUGAAGAGGUAGCAAAUCAUAUAACAAAAGUCAGUGCAAUCACCAAUUAUACUAAGGAGUACAAACUACAAAUCCUCAACCUCCUAUAUCGCAUUGCUGUUCAUAUCCCUGAUGGUAAAAAAUACCUUGAGGGUCGGAUGGAGUGGAAAGGUAACUAUAAAUCACUAUUUUUAUCUUGGCCCACAAGCUUCAGUAUUGUUUGA